AUGGGAAACCCCAACAGGGGGCCCAUGAGAAGCCCCACCAAGGGGGGCAUGGGAAGCCCCACCAGGGGGGGCUCGGGAGGUCCCACCAGGGGGGGCACGGGAGGCCCCAACAGGGGGGGCACGGGCACAGAGGGAUUCCCUCUCAAGCACAAAGAGAAUCCCUCUCAAGCACAGAGGGAUUCCCUCUCAAGCACAGAGGUAAUCCCUCUCAAGCACAGAGGGAUUGCCUCUCAAGCACAGAGGGAUUCCCUCUCAAGCACAGAGGGAUUCCCUCUCAAGCACAGAGGUAAUCCCUCUCAAGCACAAAGGGAAUCCCUCUCAAGCACAAAGGGAAUCCCUCCUAAGCGCAGAGGGAAUCCGUCUCAAGCGCAGAGUGAAUCACUCUCAAGCACAGAGGGAAUCCCUCUCAAGCCCAGAGGGAAUCCCUCUCAAGCACAGAGGGAAUCCCUCUCAAGCCCAGAGGGAAUCCAUCUGAAGCGCAGAGUGAAUCCCUCUCAAGCACAGAGGGAAUCCCUCUCAAACCACAGAGGGAAUCCCUCUCAAGCACAGAGGGAAUCCUUCCCCAGCAAAGGGGAAUCCCACUCCAGCACAAUUAUUCGAACAAGUUACCUUACAAGCAGCACUUUUACAUGA